AUGAAAAAACUUCCAAGAGGCCAGACAACCACACUUCCUGAAAUCAUGUUUACUUCAUCAAGUCUUCCGACUCGUGUCUACAUUCACACCGGCACCUCCAUGGUAUCAGCUGCCAGCUCAAAGGGUGGAAAGGUUUCUCCCAUGUUGGAAGUAGUGCAUGCAGCCAAACCUAAGACUAAGAACGACACUCCCAAGGUCAAAGAGAGUGACGUCAAAACAGAUGAAAAAACGGAACAAAAAGACAACAAAUUAACCAAUAAGGGUUUACAGAAAAGCAAAUCUCACUCACAUGAGAGUGGUGUGAAAGUUGGCAACAAGGAAGAUGUUUCGGACAACACAGAAGUCAGGAAAGAAAACCCACGAGAAAUUGACCUUAGUCCUGACCUUAAGGACGUCUUAAAACUUCCACAGCUACAACAUAGCCCCAGGUCUACGAGUCUGGCAAGUACGCCGAAUCUGUCACCUCGGAAAUCAACACCAAGCGUCUCACCCAGACUCUCCGGGGAUAAAAGCAUUAAUGCUGGUCAUGCUCUAUACGAACAAGUGUUACAAAAGGCGCGGAAAUCCAGGAGUCCAGAUAAGAAUCACACAUUUCCAGAUGUUAAGAUAAAAUAUCUGGACAAACGAGAAAAUACGAAAGAUCUGAUGAAAAAUCAAGAGAUGAUUCCCAUACCGUUCUCCCACACAGACAGAAAGGUCACUGUAGUGCGAAACGCUAUGUAUGGCAACUUUCUCCGUAAAUCAACAAAGAAACUACAAGAUGAUCUACGUCAGACUAUGCGCGUCUACUCUAGUGAAAAGCACGAACUUCUUCGCCAGCUUGCUAGUCUACGACACGAAAUGGAUGAACUGAAAGCUUCUGAUACAAGCUCUUCCCCAACCUCAUCCUUCAGUGACUCCUCUUCCCUCAAAAGUACACCACGCUUCUUUCAUGCCCCAAACCUAGCCGCAAACAAAGCCGGAAAGAAAGGAAGAAAACGGAAAAGUUCUAUAACAAGUGACGACAGUAUGGGAAGUCAAAACCAGAAACUUAAAGAAGGAAUUUUACGUCUGCCUACCAUCAAAGAUGCCUCACCAGCUCCUCAGGAAUGGGAGUCUGGUAACUCCAUGCAUACCAACCUACCUCCAAUAGAACAGCCCAAGGGACUAGCCACAGCUAAGGCCUUGCUGGACAACACCUUUCCUAUACCUAAAAUAUCAGAUCCUAGUCGCGAGGACAUCAGCGUUUCUAGUAUCCGGCAGUCAAAUCGUGAAAAGAAAAAGGUGCAUUUCUCUGAGGAAAACAAAGUCACAGAAUUUGAGGUGAUCAGAUACAACGAAAGUGAGGCAAAAAACUGGCGAGGUGGUGGGGCAAACAGCCCCGCUGAAUAUUAUCGUAAACCUCGCACUUCAAAAAAGGGAAAAGGUGAGAGGGGUGGGUCCAGAGUGACUCUUGCCCCUCUGAAACGGCCAAAUGAUCCGAAAGAAGCCCAAAAAGUGGCUGCAGAAUACAAAUCUCUGUAUCUUUCUAUUCAUGAUCCGGAGGAACGUACCAAAACCCUGGCAGACAUUUUGUAUGCUGUUCGCAUGCGAAUGCAAGAAAAUGAACAGAACUUGAAGUUUGGUGAAACACCUCGUCCUGCAAAGACAAACAACACAUUGUGUGAUUUCCUACUCAGCAGCAGUUGCGAGGACCCUCUCCUGAAGGGAGAGCCAAACAAGGUUGGGAACAAAUUCCUGGGAGCCCCAAACCAUACUGCUGCGAGAAUUGGCCGCAGAUCUCAUGCCACACAACUACAGAACUAUUUACGCAAAAUGUCCAAAUCUCGUAGGAUGAUAGAGCAUAUGGAGGCCGAGCAGUACCGUCUAGCGCACAUCAUUGGCCAUAAACAGUUGAUGGCUGCCUCUCAAGCUUCACAGGCAUAG